GUCUUUCACCAGCAUAGUUCUAUAUAUAAUUUGCCCCUUGCUGCGUUAUCAGACGACUUGUAUAUAAAGCUGCCGUGUACCUUUUCCAUCGUACUUUCAUUCGUUCUUUGGAAAAUAUAUAGGCUUGUGGUCUGCUGCCGUCUCGCCAUCCUUCCAUCACCUGAAAACCUACCCCGCAAAGCCAGCAGCACAACAGCAAAAUGUCCCACGCAACACCGUCUGAAGCAGAAGUUGCAAAGACACUCUCCCACCUGGAACUCUCCGCGAAAUCUCCACAGAAGCCUAAACCCAAGCCCAAACCUGCGGCCGUAGCCGACAGCUGGGACGAGGACGUUUCCUCUGGCAGCGACACUGAGACCGAGAGCCCUGAUACCUCUGCGCUGUCUCGUUCCACGACUUCGAGCUCAAAUAAAGAUGCCCUCUCACCAAUCAAUACCGCUCCCUCUUACGACGCACCAAACCCUCCACCACCAACCCCUGCAUCGCCGACCCCCUUCGAUUUUCCAGAGAACCUACCCUAUGGACAAGCACGCUCUAAAGAAGGUAGUCGGGGAGGAAGUGGAACUGCGAGUCCAGCCCGCCGACCAGAGAAGACGACGGCAGUAGCGGGGAGAUUGAUUGCGGGAGCUUUAGGAGUUAAGGCACCGAAGAGGACGGAAGAGGAGAGGGAGUACGAUAAGGCGAUGAGGGAGAAGGAGAGGAAGCGGAGAGAUGAGGAGAGGAGUAGGGAAAAGCGAGAGAAGGAGGCAGCGGAGCAGAGAAAGAAAGCUGUGUGGGAUGACUAGAACUGGGUUUGCGCUUGCUAUUAAACGAAUUUCUUUAGUCUGCAAGUCUAUCUUUCCGAUGAUAUCUGAUAGGACAUUGUACGUCUAGGCACUCUGUGAUGGAAUAGGGCCGUUGGUAGUUUCACUGUAAAUAUUGUACGGAAUCCGUCUAUCUGGUUACU